UCUGUCAAUCCACUAAAAUCGUAAUCAAUAUUCUUUUCCUAGUCAAUCCUCACAAAAACCCACGUGAAAACUUCCAGUUGUUUCCCCAAUUUCCUCUUGAAGAAUCCAGAAAACAAUUUUUACUUUUUUCUGGAAGAGAGUUCAACUGUUAUACCUCUAAUUUUAUUGGGUUGUAUUAAUUUAUUGGGUUGUCCUUAUCGAAAGAGUUCAAUUGUUAUAUUACUAAUUUUAUUGAGCCGUCCGCGGAGCAAUUGUGCAUUGAUGUGUAUUAGUUUAGCUUACAUAUCGGUAAUUGAUGUCAGUUUCUUGUGGAAUACCUAUUUCCCCAACUUUCGCUUGAACAAUCCAGGACAAUUUUAGGUUCAGUGGUAAUACCACUGAUUAUAUUGAGUCGUUCUUGUAGCAAUUGUACAUUGUUAUGUAUUAGUUUGAGUUCAUAUAUCAUAAUUGAUUCCCCGAACUUUUUCUUGAAGAAUCAAGAAAACAAUUUUACAUUCUUUAUUUUGAUAGAAGAGUGAAUAGUGUUAGACCAUUAAUUUUAUUUGUACCAAUUGCACGUUAUUGUGUAUUAGUUGAGCUCAUUAAUGUCAGUUUCUUGCGGAGUUGAGUGUGUUUUGGUAGUUGGUUGCCUCCGUUGGGCAUGGAAGCGCUGCACAUACAUUGGUAAUGACGACAGUGCAACAUGGCCAGAAGCAACCUACGAGGAAUUCGAACCAGUUCCUCGCAUCUGCCGUACAAUUCUAGCUGUAUAUGAACCAAAUCUUCAUAACCCCAAGUUCCCGCCCCCAGGCGGGUACCGGUUAAACCCAGAUUGGGUCAUUAAACGGGUCACAUAUGAACAAACCUGUGGCCACGCGCCACCGUAUUUGAUUUACUGUGAUCAUGAACACCAGGAGAUUGUGCUGGCAAUUCGAGGUUUGAAUUUGCUGAAUGAAAGUGAUUAUAAAGUUUUGUUGGAUAAUAGGUUAGGGAAGCAAAUGUUUGAUGGAGGGUAUGUACAUCAUGGGUUGUUGAAAUCUGCUAUUUGGGUUUUGAAUAACGAGUCCGAGACUUUGAAGAAGCUUUGGAUUGACAAUGGGAGGUGCUACAAAAUGAUAUUUGCCGGGCAUUCUUUGGGUUCUGGUGUGGUGUCCUUGCUAACAAUAAUUGUGGUGAAUCGUAAAGAUAGGUUAGGGGGAAUUCCAAGGAAUCUUGUCAGGUGUUAUGCAGUUGCACCAGCAAGAUGUAUGUCACUCAACUUGGCUGUUAAGUAUGCUGAUGUAAUACACUCAGUCAUAUUGCAGGAUGAUUUCCUGCCAAGAACAGCUACACCACUCGAAGACAUAUUUAAGUCCAUCUUCUGUUUACCCUGCCUGAUAUUUUUGAUAUGCUUGAGAGAUACCUUCAUCCCUGAGGGUAGAAAACUCCGAGAUCCAAGAAGACUUUAUGCGCCUGGCCGAAUGUAUCACAUUGUAGAAAGAAAAUUUUGCAGAUGUGGGAGGUACCCUCCAGAUGUUAGAACUGCAAUUCCAGUUGAUGGAAGAUUUGAACAUAUCGUGUUGUCAUGCAAUGCAACAUCUGAUCACGGAAUUAUUUGGAUAGAAAAAGAAUCUGAAAAGGCAUUUGCAAGACUUAAGGAGGCUAGUGCAGAGACUACCACUACUCCCCCAAAAGUGCAGAAAAUUGUAAGGCUGAAGACACUAGAAAAAGAACACAAGGAUGCACUUGAAAGAGCGGUCAGUUUAAAUAUACCACAUGCUGUGGGCGUAGAUGAAGAAGAACCCUCAACACAGAAAGAGGAAGAACCCAUGGAGGAUAUACCUUUUGAGGAAUGUAAAGAAUAUGGCGAAGAUGCAUCCACAAGCAAAACCCAAGGACGUGAUGCGAGAACUAACUGGAAUGAAGUAGUUGAGAAGCUUUUCAAAAGAGACAUAACUGGGAAAUUACGAUUAAUGAGAGAAACAACUGAUCCCGAGUAGCAACUCUGUUCCAAGGUGAUUUUUCUCUCUUUUGUUUAUAAUUGUUGUAUGUUUGAUAAAGAAUCAGUUUCAACAACUCAUAAUUCUUUUGUACCAAUAGCCUUGUACAAUUUCUUCUUUUUGUAUGUCAACCAUAAUUAAUGUACAAUCUGCAGCCCCAUCAAAAGUGUGGUUGCAAAUUCUUUUGUGCUAUAGUCCUCGUGGAAUUAUGUUGAUGAAUUCAUGAGGUUCAUUUGA